AUGUUGGCACUCCGGAGAUUUAUAUUAAACCAAAGGUCUUUGAGAUCGUGUACCAUACCGAUUCUAGUCGGAGCCUUGAUCAUUAUUCUCGUGCUAUUCCAACUAGUUACCCACCGAAAUGAUGCGCUUAUACGAUCAAGCAAUGUAAACAGUACAAACAAGAAAACAUUGAAAGAUGCAGAUCCUAAGGUUCUUAUUGAAGCCUUCGGCUCUCCUGAGGUCGACCCAGUGGAUACAAUUCCAGUAUCGCCACUAGAAUUAGUUCCAUUUUAUGACCAGUCUAUAGAUACUAAAAGGAGUUCUAGUUGGCUAAUCAAUAAGAAGGGCUAUUAUAAGCAUUUCAACGAAUUAAGCUUAACUGAUAGAUGUAAAUUUUAUUUCCGGACACUGUAUACGCUAGACGAUGAAUGGACUAAUAGUGUGAAGAAACUGGAGUACAGCAUAAAUGAUAAUGAAGGAGUUGACGAAGGUAAAGAUGCGAAUGGAAAUCCAAUGGAUGAGAAAUCCGAGAGAUUGUAUCGCCGGAAAUAUGAUAUGUUCCAGGCAUUUGAGAGAAUAAGAGCCUAUGAUAGAUGUUUUAUGCAGGCCAAUCCAGUUAAUAUUCAAGAAAUUUUUCCGAAAAGUGAUAAGAUGUCGAAAGAGAGGGUUCAAUCAAAAUUAAUCAAAACCUUAAAUGCUACUUUCCCUAAUUAUGAUCCAGACAAUUUUAAGAAAUACGAUCAAUUCGAAUUCGAGCACAAAAUGUUUCCGUUUAUAAAUAACUUUACCACAGAGACUUUUCAUGAGAUGGUUCCAAAAAUCACAUCACCUUUUGGAAAAGUAUUAGAGCAAGGCUUCUUACCCAAGUUCGAUCAUAAAACUGGUAAAGUGCAGGAGUAUUUCAAAUAUGAAUACGAUCCAUCAAAAACCUUCUGGGCCAAUUGGAGGGAUAUGAGCGCCAAAGUAGCCGGUCGUGGUAUUGUAUUGAGUUUAGGUUCCAACCAAUUUCCAUUAGCUGUCAAAUUUAUUGCUUCUUUGAGAUUUGAAGGGAAUACUUUACCGAUCCAAGUGGUCUAUAGAGGCGAUGAGCUGUCGCAAGAACUAGUGGACAAACUUAUAUAUGCUGCUAGAAGUCCUGAUUUCAAACCAGUAGAAAAUAAUUACGAUAAUUCUACCAAUGUUCCACAAGAAAUUUGGUUCCUAGAUGUUUCUAAUACCAUCCACCCUAAGUGGCGAGGUGACUUCGGUAGUUAUAAAAGUAAAUGGCUAGUGGUUCUACUCAAUCUUUUGCAAGAAUUUGUCUUUUUAGAUAUUGAUGCUAUUAGUUAUGAAAAAAUUGAUAACUACUUCAAGACCACUGAAUACCAGAAGACAGGAACUGUAUUUUACAGGGAAAGGGCGCUAAGAGAAAACGUGAAUGAAAGAUGUAUUGCUAGAUAUGAAACUCUAUUGCCUAGAAACCUUGAAUCUAAAAAUUUCCAAAACUCACUUCUUAUCGAUCCUGAUCAUGCUCUCAACGAAUGUGACAAUACUUUAACUACAGAAGAGUACAUAUUCAAAGCUUUUUUUCAUCAUAGAAGGCAGCACCAGUUAGAAGCUGGUUUAUUUGCUGUCGACAAAUCAAAACACACGAUCCCCCUAGUGCUUGCUGCUAUGAUUCAUUUGGCCAAAAAUACAGCCCACUGCACACAUGGUGAUAAAGAGAAUUUCUGGUUAGGGUUCUUGGCCGCAGGUCACACUUAUGCACUGCAGGGAGUGUAUUCCGGAGCUAUUGGUGAUUAUGUAAAGAAAACCGACUUGAACGGAAAGAGGCAAGAAGCUGCAGUCGAAAUAUGUUCCGGGCAAAUAGCACAUAUGUCUACUGAUAAGAAAACUUUACUUUGGGUUAACGGUGGAGGUACCUUUUGUAAACACGAUAAUGCUGCUAAAGAUGAUUGGAAAAAAGAUGGCGACUUUAAGAAAUUCAAAGAUCAAUUCAAGACUUUUGAAGAAAUGGAAAAAUAUUAUUACAUAACUCCAAUCAGCAGCAAAUAUGUCAUCUUACCUGAUCCAAAAUCUGAUGAUUGGCAUAGGGCCUCUGCAGGUGCUUGUGGUGGUUAUAUAUGGUGUGCCACACAUAAAACCCUCCUAAAGCCAUAUAGUUAUAACCACAGAACCACUCACGGCGAAUUAAUAACUCUAGAUGAGGAGCAGCGCCUACAUAUUGAUGCUGUCAACACUGUUUGGUCACAUGCUAAUAAAGAUAACACCAGAUCAUUCACUGAAGAAGAGAUCAAGGAAUUAGAAAAUUCUAGACACGAACAAAGCUAG